AUGUGGACGAUUCGACUCUUUACGAUUGUCGCGCUCUUAUGCCUCACCUCGGUAUACUCCCUCAACCCAGCUAAUGCAGGUGAUCGGAAGAGCAAAUCACUAUGUUCCACCAAUGCGGAAUGUAUGAAAAUAGGUCAACCUCUGCUCAAACCCACAAGGCGAUAUUCCAGAAAUCGUGCCCUUAGACCUCGUCAAUCAAACGUUCCACCGAUGUAUACCGGAGCUAUUCAAAUUCUCGAUGCCAAUUCUAAUUCAUUAGGAUACGUUUCCCGGACUUUGAAUCAGGCAAACAUAUACGACGUCACUACGGAUUUGAACAAUGCUCUGGUAGUAUCUUUCGGUCCGAGCGAUAACGGACCUGUACCGUUCACGAUUUCACCGGGUACUCGAACUGCAGCCUACCCCUAUUUCGGUGGUGCAUUCAACGGAGGGGCGACUACUGCCAAUAUGGGGGGUACCGGUUCAAGUGCAAGCCGCUCUUAUGCCAGUUUUGUAGGCGCUGCCUCAGAAGUCAGAGGGAAAGCCCAGAAUACACCUACUACCUUCCAACCCCGUGGCAACCAAGGGGUUGAGACAGAUGUGUUUUCCUACAACUCCGCCACAAAUCAGAUAACAGCUCAAUGGACGAAUACCGAUGGAAGUGUACGUGAUACCAUCUUUUAUAGUGGCCAAGGUGGAUAUGGUCUGGGAAUGAUAUCACCCGUCAAUUUUGCCGCUUUCCGAUCUUCCUUCCCGUCUGCAAACCCUCAGAUAGUCACUUACUACCUCGUCUCUCCCCCCGCGGCUUGA